UGUAGGAAGAGAGUCCGUCGCGUUCGUCUUCGUCUCCAGCGAUAAUAAUAUAAUAAACUUUCCGGUUUCUCCUCAUCCGUUUAUUUAAUCGGAAAAUUCGUCGGUGAUCCCUUAGUAAUCGUUCGUUCGUAUCUUCAGUUAAUUUUCAUAGGGUUUUCGCUGUCAAAAUGUCGGAAGAUUCUAGGCAGAGUAGGGUCACUAUCACUCUAGGCCGUACCGGCCAGGUGGUAAGUCGAGAUGGAGACAAUGAGUUGGUUAGAGUUGGGACCAAGAGGUCUGUUAAAGAGAGAUUAGGGAAUCAGUUAGAUAGUGAUGCUGUCAUUAAAAGGCAAAGAGGGGAAGCUAGUUUCAGUGGAAAUGAUUUGCAGAUCAGUCAAAAUGAUCUCCGCUUCAAACUGAUGCAGAGAAGAACUCAGAGCGAUGGAGGCAGCGGUAUGGAUCUUCGUGAGAAGCUUCUCUCCAAGAGUGAGCAGCCUCCUCCUCCUCGUAGUCUUGAUAGUCGUCCUCGUUUGGAUGAGCCAAGGGAUGUCAGAUUGCCUCCAUCAAGAACUGUUCGUGGUCCCUCUCGCAUGCUUUCAUCAAGCAGUUACCACUCUCCACGGACCCUGGAUGUGGAUGAUGUAGGAAGGAGAUCUCCAGAGAGGCUUGUGGUUAGUUCCAGGGAACGAUCACCACCAAGAAAUGCUAGAUGUAUCAGUGGCUCCCCAAGGGCUUUAUCACCUCUAAGGAACACUAGAAGCUUUACUGGUGGUUCUAGGGCUCCUCUUUCACCGCCAAGAGAUGCUGGAAGAAGAAGUGGUCAUCCAAGGGAUCUAUCAAUAUCACCUCCAAGAAAUUCUGGAAGAAUGAUUGGCCAUCCAAGAGAUCUUACACCGCCAAGACAUGCUGGAAGAAUAAGUAGCCAUCCAAGAGAUCUAUCACCACCAAGAAAUGCUAGAAGAAUAAAUGACUAUCCAAGGGAUCUAUCACCUCCAAGAACUGCUGGAAGAACAAUUAGUCAUCCAAGGGAUCUAUCAGUAUCACCGCCAAGAAAUGCUGGAAGAACAUUUGGUCAUCCAAGGGAUAUAUCACCACCAAGAACUGCUGGAAGAACAAUUAGCCAUCCAAGGGAUCUAUCACCGCCAAGAAAUGUUGGAAGAACAAUUGGUCACCCAAGGGAUCUGUCACCGCCAAGGAACACAAGUAGCUUCAGUAGUGGCUACAGGACUCUGUCUCCAACUAGAAAUGUGGGAAGCAGCAGCUACAUGAGUUCUUCCCGGGGGUUUUCCCCUCCUAGGCAUCCUGGAAGCUACGUGGGUUCUUCAAUGGGUUCGCCUCCUUCAAGGAACAUGGAUGAUUUUAGUGGACGAAGCAGGAUGCUUGAUGACUUGAGAGCCUCACCGUAUGGAGUCAGAGGCGUACUAAAUAGUCAAGCACCAGCAAAUGUCACUACUUUCUCCAGGCCAAUGUUACCUCCACCCGUCCCAAACCCUCAUAUGUUGCCUCCUAUGAGUCAGUUUCCUCCUUUUGGAAGUAUUAUGCAGAACAGUCCCUUCCCUGUGGAAGAGCCUCUAACAGUAGACAGCUUUCUACAUUCACUUGGACUUGGAAGAUACUCCCUAAACUUUAAAAGAGAGGAAGUGGAUAUGACCACAAUAAAGCAGAUGAAAGAAAGUGAUCUAAAAGAUCUCACCAUACCCAUGGGGCCAAGGAAGACGAUUCUUCAGGCGAUAGCGUGUCUUCCAAGACAUUAG